CAAACAUGGCGGCCCGAACUUGCUCUGCAGUUUUCAGAAUUAAAUGUGGGUUAAGUUCACCCCGAGUAGAGCAUAUUGCCAAGAGCUUUAUACGUAGCAGGCAUUUCUGUACCUCAGCAAAGAGUACUGUUGAUGAAGAAGAGAUUGAGAAGCUAAGCCGGACAAUAAGUGAUUGGUGGAAUCCAAAUGGUGACUUUUCCGCUCUUCAUUCUAUGAAUAAACUCCGAGUUCCUUUUAUUAAAAGCUCUCUUGAGCAUCUACUUGGGGAAAAUGUCAUCCCCUCAAAACCUCUGAAAGGUUUUAGAAUACUGGAUGUCGGCUGUGGAGGUGGAGUAUUGUCUGAGCCUUUGGCAAGACUAGGUGCAGAAGUGACAGGAGUUGAUGCAUCAGCAUUCAAUAUACAUGCUGCCUUGAGACAUGCACAACAUGAUUUUAAGGUGGCCAGAAAUGUGCAGUACAAAUGCAUCACAGUAGAAGAGCUAGCUGAUAAGGAACCAGAAUCUUUUGACUGUGUUGUUGCUUCAGAAGUUAUUGAACAUGUAACAGAUAAAGACACUUUUAUUUCUGCAAGCACACAGAUGCUAAAGCCAGGAGGUUCUCUAGUGAUAACAACAAUCAACCAGACAGUUUUCUCAUAUGCUGCAGCAAUUGUAGGAGCAGAAUAUCUUUUGAGAUUAGUAAAACCUGGAACUCAUGACUGGAACAAGUUUGUGACUGUUGACGACCUGGCAGAUCUGAUAUCUCAAAAUGGUGCAGAAGUUAUGGAUGUAAAAGGAAUGUUCUUCAUGCCAGUGUUUAACAAAUGGUGCUGGAUUGAGGAUACAAGUGUUAACUUUGCCUUGAGUGCCAUGAAACCUGACCAAAUCUUCCCUGAGACGACAUCGGAAGAAAACCCAUCAAAUGAGUCUGAAACCUGAUUGUUAAUUGUGAAGUUAACUAUUUAGAAUUGUAAAUAAAGUAUUAUUUGAUUAGUUGA